UAGAUUGUUUCUUCCCUCCUCCCCUCCCGCACGAUGGCCACCAGUCCGGGGCGUCGCACACACCGCAAGCGACUAUCACUCCGACUGUCCGCCGACACGACCCACACGCUCCCUGAGUACCCAGAUGGCAAUGUCGCGUCAUGGAGGGAUUUGAUCCCACCACCUGAAUAUGAUUCAGACGCGGACCAUGCAGACGAGGAGGGUACGGAAGGAGAGGAGGAGGUGGUUGACGCGGGAGGAAAUUCUUAUGUACCUCCGACACCUGUAUCCCCGCGCCUGACUGCAGCCGCCCGGAAGCACCGCCGACGUGCCUCGAGUCCUCCGCAGCGUCCUCAAGAUGCUUUUCUGGACUCGCUAUUGGAGCGCAGCGUGCACGCGCUGGAACUUUCCAACGCAAUUCUGCAGUCGUCAAUGACUCCAUCCUCCUCUACGUUCCGCGACGCUCAAUCGUCGCCGACCCCCUCCGUGCCGAUGCCCAUAUCGCGAACGUUAUCGCGUACACGUGUGGAGCCUCGGCAAGAACCCUCUGAAGAGCCUUGGGCCGCGAACCUUGCGGCAAUUGUGAAGGAUGUCGACGAACUGCUUGUCAGCUCGUCGUUGCCCGCAACCGGAUCCUCGCCCAUUGCUCAGCGCAGACCGCGACGGCGACCAUCCCUUGAUCAUUCCCGGCCCUCGUCCAUUUACUCCAAUGCAGCAACCACGCUGUCUUCACCUGGCCUGCACAUGGCGCCUUCAUCACGCAUCCGACUUGUUUCACCUGCCCCUCGCGCACUGACGCAGUUUGUUGUGGCAGGUAGCGAGGAGGAACAACAGCACAUCACGUUGCCGUCCACGUUGGGAUUGAGGGCUGCCGCAAGCGAUUGGCACUUGGAAGGUGGAUACGAUUCUGUACGCAGCAACUCCACUGUCAGUGAGCUCAGUGGGCUACCCCCACGUGUGCAUGGAGGUAUGGGACUCGGGAUAUCGGGCCUGCCUCCGACUGGAUUCCCGAUGUCGAUGUCAUCUGGAGCUAUGCCUGUCGUGUCCACGCGCAUCCCAGAGCCAUCGACGCCGGCAUACACUAUGCUCAGCUCGUUUGUCUCAAGCCCGCCGAAAUCAUCGAUCAGAGGACGGUCGAGAGGAUCCUCCUCGCGGUCUUCGUCACUUGGGUUGAGCUCGCGCUCGCAUACGCCGGGGCCGAGAGUUGCCAGUCCGGUGCCAGAAGAGAGUCAAGAAGACGGCGAAAGUCCCAGUUCAAACUUGACAGUAACACCCGAACGACCGUUCCUGAACCAUGCGAAUCUUAGCGCGAGUAUCAUCGCGCGGCUGCCUUCAGAAUCGCCUGACUCAUCACCGUCGUCUGAAUCCGAAUCUGAUUGCGAGGGGAGAGUUGUUGAUGUCAAGGGCAAGGGCAAGGGCAAGUGCAGGGCUAGGGAAGCGCUGUCAGCUUUAAGGAAGAUCUUGGACGAAGCACCCAAACCUCCUCCUCGCCCAUCACGGAAGUUCCAGCCUAGGUCGCCGCCUCCCUCGUCGACGGCGGCACCAUCGACAGCGACUGCGAGCGUGUCUCGGCUGUUCACGAAAGGUGGCAGACAUAGCGUGCGGCAGAGCGAGAAGGUGGUGUCCAUAAUGAAGAAGAGCGGCAGCAUCCCUGGGACACCGGUCGAACCUGAGGCAGGUCCAAGCACACUACCGACGACGACGUUCUGGUCGCUUCCGAAUCUCAGUCUUCCUUAUCUGGGGAGCACGUUCGCUGGUAGCAAGCCGGAGAGUGGAGCAUCGACACCUAAGCGAAUCAGUUUCGCCGAGCUCCCUGAGAGUGAGCGAUGGAGUUCUACUGGCCGCGCCAAGAAGCGACCAAGAAGGCAUAGCAAGUCUGCUAAAGGCAAAGGCAGAGCUCGAGACGGCAGCGCCAGUGACUGGGGCGAGGAAGAAUCGAGCGGAUGGCUGUCGUGGCUUGUUGGCGGGGCAACGGCUGCUGGAGGUCUCGCCGGUGGCGGAAUGGAGGAUCGGGAACGAGUUUCCGGGCGCAUCAGUCCAUGGAGUGGUGGCAUCGGCCGAACCAGCGGUGACGAUUGGGCUGUAUAACAUAGCCCUGCCCGUUAACUUAACCUUUAUUCUUAUUCUCUACACCCCAUGCAUAUAGUUUUGCGCGCUUACCGUAACUUCCUUCCUUUAUGACGAUUUACGACUUUCUAUCUAGCUAUACUCCUCCUUGUAUGUCUGUAAAAGUCUCAGUUCGCAGAAUAGGCGUGGACUUGCGCUCGGUGAUAUCUGAAGCUUGAUGCUCCGAACACAUUCGGAAUUUGAUCACCUGAUUCUGUGCUCUCACCUUUCGUUCAAGUUC